CCUCCUGGGGUUGACAGACCGGGUGACCCGGCCGAGGCCUGAGACGGCCUCGGGCCCGGCGCUGCGCUGCCUUCCUCCAGAUAGCCGGUUUACCCGGACCUGCAGUGCGCGCGGCCUCUGCCAGCUGCGUUCCUGGACCGCCUGGCGUUGUAGCUGAAGCUUCGGCCGCGGGGACCUGGCCUCCCGCCGCCACCUCAUCCCCGUAGGAAGACUCUCGGAGCCUUCCAGUGUGGGAUCUGUCUGCUGGGACGUUUUGACCUCCUCCUGGGGCAGGUGUGAAAUUAAAACUUCAGUAAUGGAGUUAGCCCACAGUUUAUUGCUGAAUGAAGACGCUUUGGCUCAAAUCACUGAAGCGAAGAGACCAGUUUUUAUCUUUGAAUGGUUGCGAUUUCUUGAUAAAGUCUUGGUUGCUGCCAACAAGACUGAUGUAAAGGAAAAACAGAAAAAACUUGUUGAACAAUUAACUGGAUUAAUAAGUAGUUCACCUGGACCACCUACGCGAAAAUUGUUAGCUAAAAAUCUUGCAGCCCUUUAUAGCAUUGGAGAUACUUUCACUGUUUUUCAAACACUUGAUAAAUGUAAUGACAUUAUCAGAAAUAAAGAUGACACUGCAGCCUACUUACCAACAAAACUGGCUGCAGUGGCUUGUGUUGGAGCAUUUUAUGAAAAAAUGGGGAGAAUGUUAGGCAGUGCAUUUCCAGAAACAGUAAAUAAUCUUUUGAAAUCUCUGAAAAGUGCAGAGUCUCAAGGGCGAAGUGAAAUCUUAGUGAGUCUACAGAAAGUUCUAAAUGGACUGGGUGGUGCAGCAGCUUCCUGUCAUCGUGAUAUUUAUAAGAAUGCCAGGUCUCUCUUAACUGACAGGUCAAUGGCUGUUCGAUGUGCAGUUGCCAAGUGUCUCCUAGAACUACAGAAUGAAGCUGUGUUCAUGUGGACUGCUGAACUGGAAAAUAUAGCCACUCUCUGCUUUAAGGCUUUGGAAAACUCAAACUAUGGGGUACGGGUGGCAGUGUCUAAACUCUUAGGAACAGUCAUGGCUACAGCAUUGAUGCCAAAACAAGCAACAGUAAUGCGCCAGAAUGUGAAGCGAGCAACAUUUGAUGAAGUCUUAGAACUCAUGGCCACAGGAUUUCUACGUGGAGGGUCAGGUUUCUUAAAGAGUGGUGGAGAAAUGUUAAAAGUUGGAGGGUCUGUUAAUCGUGAAGUGAGAGUUGGAGUUACACAGGCAUAUGUUGUUUUUGUAACAACAUUGGGUGGUCAGUGGUUAGAGCGUAGCUUUGCCACAUUCUUGUCUCAUGUACUUGAUCUGGUUUCCCAUCCUCGGGCAACGCAAACACAUGUAGAGGCUGUGUACUCCAGACGGUGCGUCUCCUUUAUCCUGAGAGCUACUGUGGGCAGUUUGCUAGGUGAAAAAGCCCAGAUUGCAGCUGCCAAAGAAAUAUGCCAAGCGAUUGGAAAGCAAAUGAAAGCAGUAGAAGCUGUAGUGAAUGACACUAGUGGUGAAAACAAAUCUGGAGCAGCAGACAUUGCAGCAAGCCAGCAUGUGAUGGUUUGUGCCCUGCAGGAGCUUGGGAGUCUGGUGCAGAGCCUAAAUGCCACCGCAUCCCCUCUUAUUCAGGAAGCAUCUAUAGGCCUUUUGGAGACAGUGACUUCAGUGCUUCUUCACCCAAGCAUGGCAGCUCGACUUGCUGCUGCGUGGUGUCUGCGCUGUGUGGCUGUGGCACUGCCUUUCCAGCUGGCACCAUUUCUAGACAGGUGUGCAGAACGACUCAACAACCUGAAAACUUCACCAGAAGCUGUUAGUGGAUACAGUUUUGCAAUGGCUGCUUUGUUAGGUGGAGUUCAUCAGUGUCCUUUGGGCAUUCCUCAUGCCAAGGGAAAGAUGGUAGUUAGUAUUGCUGAAGAUCUCUUACGAACUGCUGCCCAAAAUAGCAGGCUAUCUUUACAGCGCACCCAAGCUGGAUGGCUCUUACUUGGAGCACUUAUGACUUUAGGACCAUCUGUUGUUCGUUACCAUCUGCCCAAGAUGUUGUUAUUGUGGCGAAAUGUUUUCCCUCGUUCAUUGAAGGAAUUGGAGGCUGAGAAGGCCCGAGGCGAUUCUUUUACCUGGCAGGUAACAUUGGAAGGUCGUGCUGGAGCUUUAUGUGCAAUGAGGAGUUUUGUUGCACAUUGUCCUGAACUCCUAACUGAAGAUGUGAUUAGAAAAUUGAUGACCCCUAUUGAAUGUGCCAUGACUAUGAUGUCACACAUUCCAUCUGUAAUUAAAGCCCACGGAGCUCAUCUGAAAGCUAGUGCUGCAAUGGUCCGUUUAAGACUUUAUGAUAUCUUGGCGUUGUUACCUCCAAAAACUUAUGAAGGCUCUUUCAAUGCACUUCUUAGAGAACUGGUAGCAGAAUUCACUUUGACUGACAACUCAGCCAACACAACUACUUCCCUCCUCAGAUCCCUCUGCCACUAUGAUGAUAGUGUUCUUCUUGGUUCCUGGCUUCAAGAAACUGAUCAUAAAUCAAUUGAAGACCAGCUCCAGCCAAACAGUGCAUCUGGAAGUGGGGCUCUGGAGCAUGAUCCAUCCUCCAUUUAUUUACGAAUACCUGCGGGAGAAGCUGUGCCUGGGCCUCUUCCCCUUGGAGUUUCAGUCAUUGAUGCUUCUGUGGCUCUUUUUGGUGUAGUGUUUCCUCAUGUUUCUUUUAAACACCGAUUACAGAUGUUGGAUCACUUUGCCGAAUGUGUUAAACAAGCCAAAGGUGUUCGCCAGCAGGCUGUGCAGCUUAAUAUUUUUACAGCUGUUCUUAGUGCACUAAAGGGCCUGGCUGAAAACAAAAGUACUUUAGGACCUGAGGAAGUUCGUAAAUCUGCUCUGACACUAGUUAUGGGGGCCCUUGACAACCCAAACCCCAUCUUACGAUGUGCAGCAGGGGAAGCUCUUGGAAGAAUGGCUCAGGUGGUUGGAGAAGCAACUUUCAUUGCUAGAAUGGCCCAAUAUAGCUUUGACAAAUUGAAAUCAGCUCGAGAUGUUGUAUCCAGAACUGGCCAUUCUUUGGCUCUGGGCUGUUUGCAUCGUUAUGUUGGUGGUAUCGGCUCAGGACAACAUCUGAAGACCAGCGUCAGCAUUUUAUUGGCUCUAGCACAGGAUGGGACAUCCUCUGAAGUCCAGACUUGGUCCCUUCAUUCACUUGCUCUGAUAGUGGAUUCCAGUGGCCCAAUGUAUCGUGGAUAUGUGGAGCCAACAUUAUCUCUAGUUCUUACCUUGCUGUUGACAGUUCCACCCUCCCAUACAGAAGUUCAUCAGUGUUUGGGUAGAUGUUUGGGUGCUAUAAUAACUACUGUUGGCCCUGAACUACAAGGGAAUGGAGCAACAAUAUCCACAAUCCGUUCUUCUUGUUUGGUGGGCUGUGCAAUAACCCAGGACCAUUCAGAUUCUCUCGUGCAGGCAGCUGCCAUAUCUUGCCUUCAGCAGCUUCACAUGUUUGCACCACGACAUGUCAAUCUGUCUAGUCUCGUUCCUAGCCUUUGUGUUCACUUAUGUAGUUCCCAUUUGUUACUUCGACGAGCAGCUGUGGCAUGUCUCCGGCAGCUUGCCCAAAGAGAAGCAGCUGAAGUAUGCGAAUAUGCCAUGAGCCUAGCAAAAAAUGCAGGGGACAAAGAGAGCAGUGGUGCUAAUGUCAGUCCUUUUGCAACUGGAGCUAGUUCUCGAAGUGAUGUCCAUUGCCGGCACCAGGGUGUUAAUAUAACAGAAACUGGUCUUGAGGGACUUCUUUUUGGAAUGCUAGACCGGGAGACUGAUAGAAAAUUAUGUUCUGAUAUUCAUGAUACUUUGGGACAUAUGCUGUCAUCACUGGCUGUAGAAAAACUUUCCCAUUGGCUAAUGCUUUGUAAAGAUGUCCUAGCAGCUUCAAGUGAUAUGAGUACUGCAACUCCCUUAAGUAGUGGAAAAGAUGAAGAAUUUGAAAAGAAAGAUGAGAUGGAUGAUGAUACCAUGUUUACCACACUAGGAGAAGAAGAUAAAUCAAAGCCCUUUGUGGCACCUCGCUGGGCCACUCGAGUAUUUGCUGCUGAUUGCCUGUGUCGAAUCAUCAAUUUGUGUGAGAAUGCAGACCAGGCUCACUUUGACCUUGCUAUGGCACGUUCUGCUAAACUGCGAAACCCUACAAAUGAUCUCUUGGUACUUCAUCUCUCUGACCUGAUUCGCAUGGCAUUCAUGGCUGCAACCGAUCAUAGUAACCAGCUGCGGAUGGCUGGGCUCCAAGCACUUGAAGACAUUAUCAAGAAGUUUGCAUCUGUGCCUGAGCCAGAAUUUCCAGGUCAUGUGAUUCUGGAGCAGUAUCAAGCCAAUGUGGGAGCUGCUCUAAGACCAGCCUUUUCACAAGAUACUCCAUCAGACAUAAUAGCAAAAGCUUGCCAGGUAUGUAGUACAUGGAUUGGAAGUGGAGUUGUCAGUGAUCUCAAUGAUCUCCGUCGAGUACACAAUCUGCUUGUUUCUUCACUGGACAAAGUUCAGGCCGGAAAAGGAUCUUCCAGCCAACUCUACCGCGAGAGUGCCACAACCAUGGAAAAACUGGCUGUUCUCAAAGCAUGGGCAGAGGUAUAUGUGGUUGCUAUGAAUAUUAAAAAAGAAGCAGAGUCAAAACCAAAAAGAGCAAUUAAAAAUACUGAUGAUGAUGAUGAUGAUUACAGUACCAUAGAUGAACUACCACCAGACAGUUUAAUAACACUCGUACAACCUGAACUGCCAACACUCAGUCGCCUGUGGUUGGCAGCCUUAAAAGACUAUGCGCUUUUAACUUUACCAGCUGAAUUUGCUAGUCAGCUACCCCCAGAUGGUGGAGCAUUUUAUACUCCUGAGACUAUUGAUACAGCUAGACUUCACUAUCGGAAUUCCUGGGCCCCAAUUCUCCAUGCAGUGGCACUUUGGUUAAAUAGCAUAGGAUUUACAUGUUCAGAGUCAGCAGAAGCGGCAGCAAUAGCAGGUUUACAAAAACGUUCUACACCCAUCAAUUUAAACCAAGCAUCAGGAGCAACGCCUAGUGCUAAAUCUUUGCCAGAAAUUAACAAAGACAGAAUGCAUCUGAUUUUAGGCGUGAGUAUACAGUUCCUUUGUUCCCCAAGACCUGAGGAGCCUGUUGAACAUGUUACAGCUUGUCUACAGGCCUUACACACCUUGCUAGAUUCUCCUUAUGCCCGAAUCCAUAUUGCAGAAGAUCAGCUGAUUGGUGUUGAGUUGCUGAGUGUUUUACACCGCCUCCUACUGACCUGGAAUCCACCAUCCGUCCAGCUGCUGGUGACUGGAGUUGUACAACAGAUAGUAAGAGCUGCUCAGGAUUAUUUGCAAGAAAAAAGAAACACACUAAAUGAAGAUGAUAUGGAAAAAGAGUCCUGUCCUGUAUUAGGAGAAGGAGGUGACAGUGGUGGUCUUAUUCCUGGAAAAUCUCUUGUGUUUGCAACUAUGGAGCUGUUGAUGUUCAUUUUAGUGCGGCACAUGCCGCAUCUCAGUACCAAGAUGUCGGACUCUCCAAGUCACGUAGCCACUAAAACUCGACUGUCAGAAGAAAGUGCUCGUUUGGUGGCAGCCACAGUUACCAUACUCUCUGACUUACCGUCCCUUUGUUCACCUGCUGGUUGUAUGACAGUCCUGCCCACGAUUCUGUUUUUAAUUGCAAGAAUAUUGAAAGACACAGCGAUAAAGUCUGCAGAUAACCAGGUUCCUCCACCAGUCAGUGCAGCUCUUCAAGGGAUCAAAAGUAUUGUGACACUUUCAAUGGCCAAAACUGAGAACACUCAGAAACAGUGGACAGCUCUAAUUCGUAGCACUCUGGCAUGCAUCCUAGAAUAUUCUCAACCAGAAGAUUCUAUGCCUAUGCCUGAUGAAGUAAGCAUGCUAACAGCAAUUGCACUCUUCCUGUGGUCUGCUGGCAGUGAAAUAAUAGGAGUCCAGUCACUGCAGAAUGGCUGCAUGAACAGAUUUAAAAACGCGUUAAAUUCAUGUGACCCAUGGGUUCAAGCCAAAUGUUACCAGCUUCUCCUCUCAGUCUUUCAGCAUUCCAAUCGUGCCCUUUCAACCCCCUACAUCCAUUCAUUAGCUCCAAUAGUGGUUGAAAAGCUAAAAGCUGUUGAAAGAAACAGACCAGCCAGUAAUACAGAACUUUUAGCUGUUCAAGAAGGAAUCAAAGUUCUUGAAACAUUGGUUGCUCUUGGGGAAGAACAUAACAGAGUCCAGUUACUUGCUCUUUUAGUUCCCACUUUGAUCUCUUACCUGCUGGAUGAAAAUUCUUUUGCCUCAGCAAGCACAGCUUCCAAAGAUCUUCAUGAGUUUGCACUCCAGAAUUUAAUGCAUAUUGGACCUCUGUAUCCACAUGCUUUCAAGACAGUAAUGGGAGCGGCUCCUGAGCUGAAAGUACGUUUGGAAACUGCUGUUCGAGCAAGCCAAGCCAGCAAAGCUAAAGCAGCCGCCAGGCAGCCGGCCCCAGCCGUGCAUUCUGCACCAACAAUUAAGCUAAAAACAAGUUUCUUUUAAUGUGCUAUUCCACUCGUUUUUGUUUAUUUUGUCAAUUAGCACCUAAUUAUUGAUAGCCACUGUAUCAUUCCAGUCUAUAGGUUCUACUUUAUUUGUAUAUAGGAAUUAUAUGCUUUCAAGUAGGGUAAGUGAAAUAAUGCUCACGCUGGUUUCUGAUUUUGAAGGAAUGAUUUUUUUUUUUAUUAUGUGGUGAAUGUGCUUUCAUUUUUUUCCUAAUAUUGUUUCUCUUUUAUUAAUUUAUUCUUUAAACACUGAGCCAUAGUCUUUUAAAUUAAAUGCAAAAAAAUUGUAUCAUGUAGUUGAGCAGCCUAUUGAUAUUGUCAGGGGGAAAAAUACGUCAUAUUCUGCAUCUGUUAUAAAAAAAAUUAAUUGAAAAGCAAGCUGAAUUUAAAUUUUGAAGUAACCAAAAUAAUGUGAAGUGUUGGUUUUGCGGUGUAUCUAUUAAGAAUAAAGUUAACAUUUUCUUAGCAUUUCUCAGAAAGUCCUUACCUUUCAGACAGAUCUUUUUACCUUCAUAUUAGAUUACUAAAUUAUACUUGUGUAUAUUUUAGUUAACUAAAUUAAAACUCAUUUAAACGUU